ACUGAUAGCGAAAUUCGCUGCGGAAAGGAUCCAUUGCCAUCUAACCCAUCCCCGUUCCUAGGUGGCGUAGGGCGUAGCAUCCAUCUAUGUUCGUCUUCCUCGAUCCUGAACGAAAACCAGUAGCCAACCUUCCCCGCGUGCUCCGUGCUCAUUCAUUCCCCAUCCCGUCUCCUCCCAAACCAGAAGACAAAACCCUAGCCUCCUCCUCCGUGUGAUGGGAUGCCGUCCAAACCCUACCCCCACUCCCUGACCUCCUCUUCCUCCUCCGCCGUCGCCCCCGCGACCUGGAUGUCCGCAUCCGCAUGGACGGUGCCCGAGUCCUGAUCGCCGCCGGUGCCACCGCCGUCUGCUGCUUCGUCUGCGCCUUCUGGGUCUUCCGUUCCUCUUCGUCCUCCUCCCCCGCAUCCCCAAAGAAGCACCAAUCCCCUUCCACCAACUGCUGUGGCUGCGCCUCCUGCGGCUGCCGCGACGCCAAGCCCGCCAACGGCGAGAUGGCCGUGGGUGGGGAGAACAAGAAGAAGGCGCCGGAGCCGGAUCCGCCGGAGGCGCCCUCCAUGAUGGAGCAGCUCGUGCCCGAGAUCACCACCCACGCGCUCAGCUACCUCGACUACACCAGCCUCUGCCGUCUCUCCAUGACCAACUCCGCCAUGCGCCGCGCAGCCAACGACGACGGCGCCUGGAAGGCACUCUACCACAAGGAUUUUACGGUGGAACAGGGUACUAUAAAUCCUCCUAAUGGAUGGAAGGCAUACUAUGCAGCUACAAAAGCCAUCAUUAAUCUUAACGCGGAGUUCUACAAUAUCAUCAGGGAAGGGUCCUUGCCAGCAAUGAGUCGUUUUUGGCUUAAUGCAGACUAUGUCAAGUGUAUUCAUGCGACUGGGGAGUUCUGCCCUGGGCCUUACUGGUGUGAAUGCGCCCACCCAUUUCUGUUCCUUAUCAGAUACAACUCAGUGAUGGAGAGCUGGGGCCUGCUAUUCAACUGGGGCCAAGAUGGAGGGCAGGGCAUUGGGUUCCAGAUAAGGGAUGUCCGUGUCCGUGUGCUCGGUGAGAUGGCAUGGGUGAACAUGAAGGCGAAUGUUGAUGUUGACCCUUUGGUGUUCCAUGUGACGAACGUGUACGAGCUCUGUAAUGGGAGGUGGUAUAUGGUCCAUCACCACAGCUCGCUCAUGGCUCACCCUGCUCCGCACAAUAUGUUUGGUUGAAGCUGGAGAAGGAAAGCAAAGAAAACCUUUGGGAAGAAAAUUUGAUGUGGUAUGAAUGUUUUCUUGACCGGAGAUAGAUUGUCGGAUGUAUUUGAGUUGAGGAGAGAUGAGAUUCCCCCCACCCCCACCCCCACCCUUUUUCUCCGUUGUGGUUCUGUUUGUUAAUAUUGCUCCUCUGGAGCUUCGUUCCGCAGUUUUGUACAAAUAUGUUUUAGGUGAAUGGAAGGUUAUGGGCCGCAGCUGACUUUGAUUUA